CCCGUAGUGCAUCAUCAUGGCGGCCCCCAAGAAGCAAGCAUUGGAUGAUGUGAAGGGAUUUAGAGUUGUUGAACUUGGCUUCAGUAAAGAGAGUAAAGCCAAACAUCAACUCCUGUGGAAACAGCAUGUUGUUAAAACCUACGAUUUGGACAAGCCGGCAGAAAGAACUCUCUUCGUGGUGAAUGUACCUCCAUAUGUCACAGAA